CUGUGGCUAAAUAGGAAUGAAAGAGGAGGCAGUGCUGUGUAGGUAUUAAGUAUAUAUAUAUAUGGCAGAGUAUAUAGUGCAGUGCAGUGAUUGUUGUUGAGGCGGAAUGAGUUGAUGCCGUUGAUGGUUUGGUGUCUCCGUGCAAAAUAAAGAAAGAACCAUUUUUCAGCGUCAGGAACACCAGUGACAGUUAAAUCAUGACUACAUUAGUGCUUCCUUUAUCGUCCUCGCAAGAAUCUGUUCUUUAUGACGAGGGUAUUUUGAAUGAAAUUACCAAACACGUCGACAUUAAUAAUCUACCAAUUCUGGAGGAGGAAGAGCUCGUAGAGCAAAAGUACGACUUAUCAAGAGAAGAGCAACAAAUAAAUUUUUCUAUGAAUCCUAUGGCAGACAUUCCAUACAACCACUUAUUAACUCAGACCAAUAUGAACAUUCCAAUAAAAGAAGAAUUCCCUGGAGAAUAUAACUUUAGGAUAGUGCUGAACAAUCAAGGCUCUGGGAAACAUUGUGUGUUUUCGUCAGCAUUGCACAAAGUUUUCAUAAAUAUGGAACAAACUCUGCCAUUAAAAUUCGAAUGGGAUCCACCACUUGAUGGCCUGUGGUUGAGGGCAACAAUGGUAUUUUCGAUGGAUGAAUAUCGCAGUGAUCCUGUUCAACGUUGUCACAAUCAUAUGGCAACCUAUGGAAAUGCACUUUUAGACGUUGAUAAACGGAUGCAUCGUCAUGUUGUUCGCUGCACCCGUUUGGACAGUGUCUACGAAGAAAAUAGUGGCCACAUGUCAGUUUCAGUGCCUCUAGGUACACCUCAGCCAGGAUGUCGUUAUGUACCUCUGGGAUUUCAAUUCUUCUGCAAAAAUAGCUGUUCCUCAGGAAUGAAUCGCCGCCCAACUGAGCUUGUCUUUACUUUGGAAACACCUCAACGACAAGUCUUGGGAAGAAGAAUUUUACCAGUGAGAGUUUGCAGUUGUCCAAAACGGGAUAAAGAUAAAGAGGAACAAGAAUCUAAUGGUUCUAUCGUGCCAUUGCCUGGUAAAAAACGGAAGAUUAAUACCCUGGCGUCUCAGUUUGUGCAAACUAAUUAUCCACCUGGUAAAAAACCCCUAUUGUCACAUGUAUCAUCCCCUAACUACGAUACACGUGAGUACACCAUAUCUAUUAGAGUGCCAGGAAGAGACAACGCCUGUGCUGUCCUGAAUUAUGCUUUUGAACGACUUGCUGGUGAUGCUCUGAGGAAUGGGACACAUCAACAAAUUCUACCUUAUCUCGAUGACAUAAAUAAGAAAAUGAAUCACAUCAAAUAAUACAAGUUAUUUAUUAUGAGUGAUAUUAUUUUGAUCCUCAUACAUCCAUUUUUUAUCGUACAUUUUAAUUCAAUAUUUAUCCAUUAUGCAUGUUUGAUCAACAACUGAUGAAACAAUUGACGUCUUGAUUCCAUUUGUAAACUGUUCACAAUAAAGUUAAAGUGCCUUAUUCGUAA